AUGAAGUUCUUCAGCGCCUCGAGCCUCGCCAUCGCCUUCGCCGUCACCGGAAUGGCCAACGCCGCCGCUGUCCCUGCCCAGGCCGACGGCAACACCCUGGUCGCUGCCCGGGCCGACGGCAACACCCUGGAGAACUUCGCCGCUAUCCCUGACCAGGCCGACGACCACACCCUGGAGAGCCGCGCCGCGGGCGCCGUGGCCGGCGUGGCGGCCAAGUACAUCAUCAAGCAGGUCGGCAAUGCCGCUGUCGCCGAGGCCAUCGCUCAGGCGUUCAAGACUCUCGGCGGCCUCGGCCAGUGGAACUCGGCCCGCGAGAGGUUCACCAAGAACACCGUCGCGGCCAUGUGGGCCAGGAGGCCCCGCAACGCCCGCGCCGCCGUGUGCUACAACAUGGCCUACCGUGUCUCCAGGCCCAGCCAGAUGACGCCCGUCACCAGUGUUGAGUUCCGUCUUGGCAACCUUAACACCGACUACGACUGCUUCUACAUGUGGGGCCCCGACAACCACUUCAACUCGCAGGGCGACGGCGGCUACAUCAACCUUGCCACCAUCACCCAGGGCAACUGCUCGUUUGACAAAAAGACGAGCGACAUCUACUGCGCCUGA